CAUAUUUAAACUCUCACACACUUAUGCAAUGAAGAUUUCAGUGUGGGAUUUUCCUGCUGAAUACCAUUUGGUCAUUUGGUUUUACUAAGGAUUUUCUGUUCAAAUGUUGGAGAAUUUGAUUGAAAAAUCCUUCUUAGCCUUCUUAAAGCUAGCUUUUGAAUGAUUGGAAGAAUUGAUCCUUUCUGGGACUCACCAGUUCAUUUCCUGUAAAAUUCAUGCCUUGCUGUUAUUAAUUCAUGAAUAAGAACCAGACCUCGUAGAAACCACCUUAAUCAUAUCUUAGUGUGAAGCUUUAAUUUGUCUCCUGAACGAGAAAAAUGGGCUGUGAUCGAAAUUGUGGGCUCAUUGCUGGGGCAGUCAUUGGUGCAGUGCUGGCUGUGUUUGGAGGAAUCCUGAUGCCAGUUGGAGACAUGAUUAUUCAGAAGACAAUUAAAAAGGAAGUUGUCCUUGAAGAAGGUACAAUUGCUUUUCAAAAUUGGGUUAAAACAGGAACAGAAGUGUACAGACAGUUUUGGAUCUUUGAUGUGCAAAACCCAGAGGAAGUGAGAGUGAACAGCAGCAACAUUAAAGUUAAGCAAAAAGGCCCCUACACGUACAGAGUUCGUUAUCUAGCCAAGGAAAAUGUAACCCAGGACCCUGAGGACCACAUAGUCUCUUUCCUGCAGCCCAAUGCUGCCAUCUUUGAACCUUCACUAUCCAUUGGACCUGAGACUGACACGUUCACAGUUCUCAACCUGGCUGUAGCUGCUGCACCCCAUAUCUAUCAGAAUUCAUUUGUUCAAAUGGUACUCAAUACACUUAUCAAUAAGUCAAAAUCUUCUAUGUUCCAAAGAAGAACUUUGAAAGAACUGUUAUGGGGCUAUACGGAUCCAUUUUUGAGUUUGGUUCCAUACCCUGUUCCUACCACAGUUGGUGUGUUUUAUCCUUACAACAAUACUGCUGAUGGAGUUUAUAGAGUUUUCAAUGGGAAGGAUGACAUAAGCAAAGUCGGCAUAAUUGACACUUAUAAAGGUAGAAGGAAUCUCUCCUUUUGGGAAAGUUAUUGUGACAUGAUUAAUGGUACAGAUGCAGCCUCAUUUCCACCUUUUGUUGAGAAGUCUCGAGUAUUGCAAUUCUUUUCUUCUGACAUUUGCAGGUCAAUCUAUGCUGUAUUUGAAUCUGACAUUAAUCUGAAAGGAAUUCCUGUGUAUAGAUUUGUUCUUCCAUCCAAGGCCUUUGCAUCCCCCCUUCAAAAUCCAGACAACCAUUGUUUUUGCACAGAAAAAAUUAUCUCUAAAAACUGUACAUUGUAUGGUGUGCUAGACAUCGGCAAAUGCAAAGAAGGAAAACCCGUGUACAUUUCACUCCCUCAUUUUCUACAUGCAAGUCCUGAUGUUUCAGAACCGAUUGAAGGCUUAAACCCAAAUGAGGAAGAACAUAGGACAUACUUGGAUGUUGAACCUAUAACUGGAUUCACUUUACAAUUUGCCAAACGGCUACAGGUCAACAUAUUGGUCAAGCCAGCAAAAAAAAUUGAAGUACUAAAGCGUCUGAAGAGGAACUAUCUUGUGCCUAUUCUGUGGCUUAAUGAGACUGGGACCAUUGGUGAUGAGAAGGCUGAAAUGUUCAGAAAUAAAGUGACUGGAAAGAUCGGCCUCCUUGGCCUUAUUGAAAUGGUCUUACUCGGUGUCGGUGUGGUGAUGUUUGUUGCUUUUAUGAUUUCCUACUGUGCAUGCAGAUCAAAAAGAGUAAAAUAAGCAGCAUAUGAAUGUUUACAUCGAUGCACCAGCUACGUUAGGAUCUACGGUGGUAUCAAUGGACAAAUUGAAGAUUCAAUAUGUUUUCUUUUUACAAACAGCACCUUAUCUUUUAGUUGAAGAAAUGGAAAUGGUGGCGUUAUUUUUUUGCACUCAGCAUCACAUUUCAAAAGGAUUAUCAAGAGGUUAUUCAAAUUCACGAGCAAAACCCAGAAACUUUCAAAUGCAUCAUUGCCACAAUUUAAUUGACUUCAGUUUCAACAGACUGGCUCAAGCACGAACAAAUAUUCUUGUGCCAAGGCACUAACCAGCAGAGGAGUGGGGUGUUUUGAGCAGAUUCUAAGACUGUCUUCCUCAGUAGGGGGAAGUGUCCACCCGGUAGCAUCUCUGUGCAGUUGCAGCAGACAGUCCCCAAGGCUGUCAGUACUUGAUGAACAUCAAAUAUCUUGAAGGAUGUUUAAGAAUAAAAAAAAAAAAAAUGAUUGGCUAAUAAACUAGAAUACCUUAAGUUUCUUUAUCUAUGGUAUACUCUGUAUAGCAACAGCAGGCAUCAUUUCUUUGUAAAAAUAUGGGCUUAUGUUUUGCCACCGAUCAUGCAAAUGGACAUCAUUUUUAGUACUUUGUCAUUUUCCACGUUCUGCAACUCUUUUGAAAAUCUGAGUACAUUUUGAUGUUUCUACUCAGUUACAAUUUAUGCUUGGCAACCUCAGAAUGCUGUUCUAGCAUUAAGAGAUGUAAAUGAUAAUAAAGGAAUUAUUGUAUGGAACAUUACAAAGAGUAA